AUGUGGGCGGAGGCCGUUGUGACGGCCGACUACACCCGGAACCGGACCCCAGUGAGCGCACACGGGAGGACCUCAGUGCUCCGGGAGAGCGACGGGAGGAUCAUGAUCUCUCCGAACGUCAUCUUUGACGAGGGCGAGGGGGACAACGGGAUUGUCGAGCUGAGCUCCGAUCCAACGGAGGGUUCCCCAGAGGCGGCCGGGAGGAGCAACACCGCGCACGCGCUCGCGCCGGCACACGAGCACGCGCCCGCAACGGGCCGCGGCCGCGUGGCACGCACGAUUUCCAACUCCAACCAAAAUGGGCAAGUUGCGAAAACGGUGCGAGAGAGCAGAGCAGAGCCGGAAGAGUUUGCGGAGAACUUAGGGAUGCCAACACGGGCUGCUCAGAGGUACCCACCGCGUGAGAGACACACGCCGGGGGAGUGGUACUGUGCCAACUUGGCGGCGGACACUGAAGCGGAGGAGCACCUGAAAGGAAUGGGGGAGCACCCUGAACCGCAGAGUUUUCAGGAAACCGUAGCGGGAAAAGAGAAUGACCUCUGGCGGAAGUCCAUGGACGAGGAGAUGCGUUCCCAAUUGCAGAAAGGGACGUGA